AUGUCUAUGACUGUAAACUCCUUUGCAGAUGGCCAUUUUACCUAUUCACUGAGUGAACAGUCUACCCACAUUGCUCGAGCCAGCUUCCAGGUUGAUGCUUUUGGAUCAUCUUUCAUCUUAGAUGUGACACUAAACCAUGACCUGCUGUCUUCUGAAUAUCUUGAGAGGCAUAUCGAGCAAGGUGGGAAGACAGUGGAAGUUAAAGGAGGAGAACAUUGCUAUUAUCAGGGAAAAAUUCGAGGAAAUCCUGUAUCAUUUGUUGCCUUGUCAACAUGCCAUGGAUUACAUGGGAUGUUCUAUGAUGGAAAUCAUACUUACCUUAUUGAACCUGAUGAAAACUACACUUCAGAUGAUGACUUCCAUUUCCACUCUGUUUACAAAUCCAAGUUGUUUGAAUUUCCUUCAGUCGACCUGCCGUCUGAGUUCUGGCAGAUGAAUACUACAUCACAGAAUUUUGUUGUAAGGCCAAGACACAAAAGAAGGAAAAGGCAGGUUCGUCAGAUUCCACGUAAAGUUGAAGAGGAAACAAAAUACAUUGAGUUGAUGAUUGUAAAUGAUCAUCUAAUGUGUAAAAAGCACCGUUUGUCAGUCGGCCAUACCAACAGCUAUGCUAAAUCAGUUGUGAACAUGGCAGAUUUAAUAUAUAAAGAACAACUUAACACCAGGAUAGUAUUGGUUGCCAUGGAAACCUGGGCUACUGAUAACAAGUUCACCAUAUCUGAAAACCCCUUGGUGACUCUACGUGAGUUUAUGAAAUAUAGGAGGGAUUUUAUCAGAGAGAAAAGUGACGCAGUUCACCUUUUUUCGGGGAGUCGAUUUCAGAGCAGUCGAAGUGGUGUAGCCCACACUGGUGGAAUCUGCUCCUUGCUUAAAGGCGGAGGUGUGAAUGAGUUUGGAAAGCCAGACUUAAUGGCAGUUACCCUGGCACAGACCUUGGCCCAAAACAUUGGCAUUUUCUCUGACAGAAGAAAACUUCUAAGUGGUGAGUGUAAGUGUGAGGACAUGUGGUCUGGAUGCAUAAUGGGAGAUAUGGGGUACUAUCUUCCAAGCAAGUUCUCCGAGUGUGAUAUUGAAGAGUAUCAUGAAUUUUUAAACAAUGGAGGUGGAGCUUGCCUUUUCAAUAAACCAACCAAACUUCUGGAUCCUCCAGAAUGUGGCAAUGGCUUUGUGGAAGAUGGAGAGGAAUGUGACUGUGGGACAAUAGCGGAGUGUGCCAACGAAGGAGGAGAGUGCUGCAAUACCUGCACCCUGACCGCGGGCUCCCAGUGCAGCAACGGGCUCUGCUGUCGCAAGUGCCGGUUUGAACCUAAAGGAGUUUUGUGUCGAGAAGCAGUGAAUGAUUGUGAUAUUGCAGAGAACUGCACAGGAAAUUCCAGCCAGUGUUCUCCUAAUAUCCAUAAAAUGGAUGGAUAUUCAUGUGAUAACAGACAGGGUAUUUGCUUUGGAGGAAGAUGUAAAACCAGGGACCGGCAGUGUAAAUAUAUAUGGGGUGAAAAAGUGACAGCAGCUGACAGGUACUGCUAUGAGAAACUGAAUAUUGAGGGGACUGAGAAAGGAAACUGUGGAAGAGACAAGGACUCUUGGAUACAGUGCAAUAAGCAGGAUGUGCUUUGUGGAUACCUUCUGUGCUCCAACAUAUCCAGUGUACCCAGACUCGGAGAACUUGAUGGUGAAAUCACAACAUCAAUCUUGCACUAUGGAAAAGUCUAUAAUUGCAGUGGUGGCCAUGUGAAGCUGGAUGAGGACACGGACCUGGGCUAUGUGGAGAACGGGACGCCGUGUGGGCCGGACAUGGUGUGCCUCGACCAUCGCUGCCUCCCCACCGAGGCCUUCAACUUCAGCACCUGCCCAGGCACUACCGACGACCAGAUUUGUUCAGGACACGGUGUUUGUAGCAAUGAAAUAAAGUGCGUCUGUGACCGAUUCUGGGGAGGAGAUGACUGCAGUUCUCACAUCAAAGAUGAUUUAUUUUUUGAUAAAGAUGCCAUCAAUAAAGGUGUGGUUAGCACAAAUAUAAUAAUAGGGGCUAUUGCUGGCACCAUUUUAGUGUUGGCUCUCGUUUUAGGAAUAACUGGUUGGGGUUACAAAAACUACAGAAGACAGAGGUCAAAUGGAUUAUCUCAUUCCUGGAGUGAAAGGAUUCCAGACACAAAACAUAUUUCAGACAUUUGUGAAAAUGGGAGGCCUAGGAGUAAUUCUUGGCAAGGUAAUAUAGGAGGAAACAGAAAGAAAGUCAGAGGCAAAAGAUUUAGGCCACGGUCUAAUUCAACUGAGACACUGUCUCCUGCAAAGUCUCCAUCUUCAUCCACUGGAUCUAUUGCUUCCAGCAGAAAAUACCCUUACCCGAUGCCACCACUUCCUGAUGAAGAGAAAAAAGUCAACAGGCAAAGUGCCAGGCUAUGGGAGACAUCCAUCUAGCUGCACUGUGUUCCUGGGGUCACAUCAGAACUGUUUACUUUGGAUUUUAUAGAAACUCAGCAUCACUGAGUCACUGCACAUUCAUCCUCUCUUCAGACAAUUCGAAAGAUCAACAGAGAUGCCCAUGAUAUCGCAGUGAUAACCUCCUCAUGUGGAAAGGAAAAAACAGUCUUUUUUUUUUUUUCUUUCUAUUUUUUGUUGACUUGUAUUUUAUGGAUUUGAUGAACCACCAAAACCAUAACAUUUGACAGAGAAUAAUUAGCCCAGAUGUGACAAGGCUGUUCCGCACGGUGACAUAGAAUCCCAGCUGCAGUCCAUUUGCCAGUUCUGUGUAAGAGAGGUUUUUCUCUGGUUUACUGCAAUCCUGAGUCAGACCAUAGUGGAACUGGGAACAUGCCUCACGGAGAGCCCAGCUGAUGUAAACUUGUACGCUGUAUGCAUGAACCUUGUGUUCUUUACUUUCUACAUGUAAGGGAAAAACAACAUACUGUAGUAGAGACUAGCAUGCAGGAGUAAGAAAUAUAGGAUUUUUUUUUGUGACAGGAUUUCAAGCUUUGAAAGGUACCUAUUUGACACAAACAGCAAACAAACAAAGAUUAUAUCUUUUUUUUACCUUACAUGUUUAUAAUCUCAGUAUACAGAUUGUAUAUAUGUAUACAAUGUCAAAAAUAGCUGUUAUACGUAUGUGUAUUUUGCCAAAUGCCUGAAGAAACAGUCAUGACUAACAUCAUCACACUUCAGAUUUUCUAAUAUUAUGAGCAGAUAUCCUUGGAAUUACAGAAAGUACACUACUGUAAAACUGUGUCUCUCAGAAACUGGUGUUUGACCAAAAUCUAUACAACCUUUUCAGCAUCUUAUACUGUCUUGACAAUCUCAGUUGUACAGUAGACUGCAGAAACCAGUACAGCAGCACUUUGUCUUAAAUCAUCAUAAGAGGAACCAGCCAAAAUCCCAUGUUUAGCAAGAUAACCAUUGUAUCCUCUCACAGGUGUAAUCAAGAAUGAUUUGGCAGACAACGGUCUUUAAGUCAUGUGCAGCCCAAACUUACCGAACAUUUGGGAAUACUUCUAAGUGGUCAAUUCAGGAUGUGGUGAUGUGAAGUCUGUCUGUGAGAGUUGCUGUGUCUUUUUGAUAGAGCAUUUCAAACACUGUUUUAGAUGGCAAGGCAUAGGUUUAUGAGAAGCAUAGCAAUUUCGCUGCACUAGAUAAUAACAGUGCUGGGCAAGUGGCCAGUUUCAUUGCUGUCUUUCAAUUUUAAGUUGUUACUGGAAUUGCUUUUACCAUGUGCUUGAAUGCUAUGCUUGUUGCCCCUGAAGCCCCCUUGACAAUUUUUUGGGGCAUUAAACUGAGCACAAGUGAAUUUAGCUUAAAAAGAAUGGGUUGGGGGGGAUCAACUCUUUACCAUGUUAAUCUUGUGUAUAAGUUGAUGGUUAUAUUUUAAACACCUGAGACUUCUAAGGGUUGUUGUAAAGCAAAUGCCUUCUGAUUGGGAAUUUUCAGUUAUUAAGAAACUGGACCAUAUUAAAUCAGUUUAUAAUUCUCUAGUUUUCCAAAACUGACUACUUCUUAGCUUCAGGUAGUUUCGCAGAAUAGCAGAAUAAAACACCCAGCCGUGUGGUGCAGUUGAAUACCCUACCCAACAGCUGUAUGAUUAAUUAGAUAUUAUUGUAAUGGGAACAUCUAUGGUGUUUCUGAAUCUUCUACCUCUUUCAUGUAUUUCCUUUAGUAAGUGAACCCAACACUUGCAGCCUUUUAAUGUAUUUUUUUAACUUUUACGUCUCUCAAUAGUCAGAUAUAUGUAAGAUUAAAUUAAGAAAUGUUUAAAGACGUCGGCAGCUGUAAAAUAUGUAAGAUUUUUAGAAGCAUUAUAUUUUAUGAUUAGGCUGUAUGUUGGAUUACGAAAUAUUGGCCUUGGGAUUCAAAUGAUUUUCCUGCACAGUCAACAGGUUCUGGUAAGUAUUUGGAAAAAGACAAAUAUAAGUGAGCAUAAGUGGGUGCAGACUGACCAUCUGGAAGGAGACAGUCACUUGUAACUGGUUUAGGGUAAGAUUCAGCAUUUUUGUGAAAGGUAAAUAUAUCAAUCUGCACUGAAGAAUAUCUUCUGCAAAGAUUUACUUUGAGGGUAUCUAUCUGGAUUAAAGCAAGUCGAUAGCAUGAAAUUAAGAAAUUAAGGUCUGAGCCAUAACUUGAAAUCAAUAUGUCUUUGUUGAUUUCACUGGACUUUGAGCAGGACCCUCAAGAGGUUCACCCACGUUAGGAUAUUAUGAUAACCUGAUCGUCGAUGUAUUACUCUGUUGCCUGGAAGCCGGUUUUCCCUCCAUAUUCAUAUCUUGUCUUUAGUAACUGGACUGUUCAUCUUGUGCCUUUUAUGGUAUUUCUUUGGAUACAAACUGGCAUAUUGUUUUGAAUAAUCUCAUUAGAUUUCUGUGCAUAUCUUACAUUUACCACUGUUUUCUUUUCCCUUUCUAUUUUGCCUUACCAAGAAGCAGCAAGAUUUGGCAGACAGAACUGGAUAUAACAUACUGGCUCUUUCUGCUAUGUUCAUGGCUUCAUGUUUUGCAAACAAAUGGCCCUCCUGACUGUAUUUUCAAUGUAGUAUGAACUUCCAGCUUCUUUUGUUUUGCUAUAAUUCAUUUGUAGCAUAUGAUGAUACACUUAUGUGUGUAGUGUACCUUUAACGGUCACCUUUACAUUUGGAGAUACGUAGUGACUGGAAGUCCAGUUCUGAGCACAAAGUUUAAGUUAAAUAAACGUUGAUUUUCACUUUGGUGGUCUAGAGUGAGAAUAUCACAGGAUUUGUGUUUUUGCAAAGUUCUUCUGCAGAGAACUUUGCAUCAGAUUGGUAACUUGGGAGACCUGAACUGGCAGGGCUGUGUGAGCAUCCCAAACCAGUAGAGGUUGGACAGAGAAGUUGUUUGCUUACAAGCUGUCAUUUCCUACUUUAAAAUGUAGUGUGUUGGAAAGCUGACAGAUUAAUAACCUUGAAGAUUGCAAAUAUUUUUAUCCACUGUAGGUAGUUACACUGGCAAUAGCAAUAUAAACUGCUGCAUAAUACCUCAUCCAGACUAAAACAGAGUACUUGUCACUAAUAUAGCUCAGUCAUUUUGACUCAUUGAGACUCAUGCAAUUAUUUUGGUUUUAUUUUAAUAAAUGAACUAGUUAUUGCCAACUAUGCUGUAGAUGCCUGUUGAAGAGAGGAAGCUAUCAAUUCUCAACUAGAAGUAAUUGUUUAUAUGAACAUAGGACAGGCAGGAUGAGAUAUACUUAAGUUACCUUUAUGUAUUUCAAUGUGGGAGAAGAAUCCUGUGUAAUUUAUAAUAAAAUUAAUAUGACUAACUGAUGGAGACUGGAAAAUUGAGAUUGUAUCUAAAAAUAAUGCUGCACAAUGAUGCCACAGUUUAACAAGUAAAGAUUUACCUACUAAUUCUGGAUUUGUUGGCUUAAGAAAUUUAAUAAUCUCAGGCAAUAUACCAGAGAUGGUAGUGACUGAUAAUUUACAUAUAGUUUUGUUAUAUUUAAGUAAGUAGAUUCAAGAAGAUUGAUCAUUUUAUACAGCCUAUCUUUGCUUAAAGUGUGAACUGAAGUCACAACUUGCCAGUCACCUGAAGUGUGACUUGAGUUUGAAGAUGGCUUCUUCCAAAUGAUUUAUGAGGUAUUGAACUUGUUGAGUUCAUGUGCCCAUGAAAUAAUUUUGAUUGUGCUAUUGAACAAGUAGACCUUUGAGGUAUAGCCUGAACUAAAAUCAGAAAGAAAUUGUGUCAGUAGUUAAUGUACUGAAAUCUCUUACUCAAAUCCCUAUUGCUGGUUUGGACUGAUUGGUCUUGUCAAUACAACUCUUUUCAAAACCAGAGCUAAGAAUGGGUACGCACACUCUUAUAGACAUGCAUAUCCUGCAACUUCUGCCCAAAUUUUCUGUAACUUUGUAAAUGAAUUGAUUCAUGGAUAUAAUGUAAUGUGAAAGAAGGAUGAGACUCCAUAACCCUACAGGAUAUGCUCUUCAGUUGGCCCUUAGGACUUGCUCUGUCAUCAAAUCCCUUACCUAGUUGUAAGCAAAAUUAUCACAUUCCAGUGUAAAACUCAGUGAGCUCCUGUUCUCUUCCAUCCCCUCUUCACUCUUACUGAAAAGCAUUUUCAUGAAUGCUUUCAUCAUUUUCAUGAAUGUUUCAAUGGAAACAUUUAUCCACUAACAGCUUCUGUGAGUUGGCUGACAUCAGAAAACUGCUAAGUUGGUCACCUUUUCCUACUAUGGAUAGGAUCUUUUCAAUGCAGUUAAUAAUAGUAGGUUUAGAAGAGAUAUCAGUAAGAAAUUCUUUACUCUGAGGGUGGUGGGACACUUGCACAGGUUGA